AUGACGGAUAAAAUGACUGGUCGCUGUCGAGGCUUUGGUUUCGUAACGUAUGCGACAACUGGAGAGGUAGAGAAUUGCCUCGCGAACGGGCCACAUCAACUGAAUGGGAAACAUGUCGAUGUGAAUCGGUCUCAAGAUCCUAAGGAUGCUCAUAAGGGAGGCUGGGGCUCCGAUAGAUCUGGGGGUCCCUCUCGACGUGGCGGUGGUGGUGAUGAUCCGAAGAAGGUGUUCUGUGGAGGGCUGCCUCAGGACUGUGAUACAGAACGCCUUCGUCAGCACUUUUCCCAGUACGGCAACAUCGUCGACUGCAUAGCUAUGCGGGAUCGAGAUACUGGUCGGUCGAAGGGUUAUGGUUUCGUCACCUUCGAUUCGGAAGAUGCUGUCAAUGCGGCUAUAAAUGGGGAUAAUACGAUCGAUGGGCGAUGGGUCGAGGUUAGGAACUCUCAGCGGUUCGGGGGCUCGGAUGGGAGUAGUCAAGGAAAGGGCCGGGGCUGGGGGUCGUUUGAAUCGCAAGGCUACGGUGAUGCCUAUAGUCAAGCGGCGGCGGCGGCCAUGCAGCAGGGAUGGGCUGGGAUGGCGGCUCAACAGGCAGCAUACUAUCCUUACGCGGCCUACUACGGUAGUUACCAGGCUGGUCAACAGGGAGGUCAAGCUGCUCAGAUGGAUCCUUACGCUGCCUAUUAUGCUGCAAUGGCUGCUGCAGCAAAUCAGCAACAACAACAGCCGGUUGCGGCAGCGUCACAAGAAACGCCACAACAACAGCCUCAGCAGUCGUACCCAUCAGGAGGAGGUGCGAGUAUGAGCGCUGAUGCGGGACGUUCUAAUCCGUAUUAGCUACCUUGACACUCGUACUAUAGACAGAGCGUAGUAGUUGAGUAACUGCGAGUGUUUGGUAGCUUCCGUUUCGAGGCUAAGGUCAUCAUCCAGUUGAACAU